GUGAUUCAUUACAGAACAACUCGCGAGCCACUCUUUACUCGCGCGUACCUGUCACUCUUUUGACCUUAGUCUGUCGCUACCACAAUCGCAAAUAGAAACAACAAUGGCAAACAAGCUGCCACUCAGUCUUCUGACUGUUUUCGGCCUGGGUUUCCUCGCCUCCGCGCAGCUCGCCGUGGACACCACCCCAGUGACCGCCGCCGCCCCGGUCGAGACGGUAUCCAUGAUCGACGCAUCAGGCCUCCCCAUCACGACCGUGUCUGACGCCGGUGACAACGCAUGGUACGUCCCGCUCACCGGGCCCGCCAGCGUCGCGACAGCCGCCUGGGGUGCGAGCGUGCACCUCAACCGCGGCGCCGCUGAGAUCCUCCCGAUCACCUUCGGCACGACCGCCACACCCACGCGCAAGACCCGAGUCGCGACGUCGACCUCCCUCCCGAAAGCGACCGUCUCCCCCCUGGGUUCCCCCUCGCGCAACGAAGAGACCACCUCGACCCUCGAGAUCCCUUUAACCACCGAAGAAAACGCCCUCCUGCUGGGCGCCGACACCACCCUCACAAUCGAGAGCACCGUGAUUGCGACCGCGGAGAACCCCACUAACAUCAGCACAACGAACCUGACCUCCCUCCCGGUAGGCAUGAACCUAGGCUUCGCGCCGUUCUGGGCUGGGGCGCUCGUCUUCGGCGGGAACUACGACUCCAGCCGCAUCUUCAACGAAUCCCACUGGCAGACGACAGCCGAGACCUCCGCCGGCAACUGCACCUUCAUCCAGACUGGCACACAGGCGCUGAGCGGGGUGCAGCUGAGACUAUACGGCACGCCCAGCGCCAGCGCGACCACCAAUACCAAUACAAGCUACCCCUUCGACACAACCCAGAUCAUCUCCACCACGACAACCCUCCCCGCAACGCUCAACUUCACAAGCGAAACCCUCACCGUGCCCGACGCAACCCUCUGCGACCGUAAUUUCUCGGUGAUUUUCAACCCCACCAGCGGCACGUAUCCGAUCUUCGAGAUCCCCGUGUGGGCGGACCUGGUGCCGGCGGGCGCGCGCUGCGUCGUGGGCACCGGCGAGGAGGUCGUGCUCGGCCGCCCGUUCUUCCAAGCCGCGUACGUGUACAUCACCGACAUUGGAGAUCUGUAUUUUGCGUCGAUUCGCAGGGAUGAUAUGGCUGUGGUGCCGAGGGAGUUUGAUUUGCAUGCUGUGCUGGGGGUGACGGGCGGGGUGGAUGCGUAUGGGAAUGGGACGGUGGGCAACGGGACGGGCGAGGGGGCGAGGAAGGGCGCGGCUUCGGGGGCGGGCAGGGUUGUAGGGGGGUUUGGUUGGGGGGCGGUGGUUGGUGUGUUGAUGGGGUUGUUGCUGUGAUUUGUUGCUCCUUCUGUUGCAUACUCUGGUUUGGUUUACUUACGCGAUUAAUAUACCCUUCCUUUUCGAACUUGCUGCUCUGGUAGAAAGAAGAAAUAAGUAGAUAUUCAUUAUCACCGUCACGGAACAAUUAGUCCAUAGGACUAUUUCCACUCCAAUGUCCAAAAAAAAAAGAAUGAAUCAAAACAGACCAGCUGCAUGCAUGCAUCCUUCACCCAGUCCGAAAUCAAACCCGCUCGCUAGCCAUAAAUCCAAUCCCAAUGCAUCACUCAUAA